ACACACCUCUUAAAACCAGUUUUAUUGUGUCAUCUUUGUUAUUGUAUUAAAAAAUAUUGUAAUCUUAGUUUUUUCUUGUUUUUCUUUAACGAAGAAAUUAUAACUUACCUUUAACCAAAUCUUCAAACAUAAAGGUCCUAUUAUGGACUUACAACAAUUGGAAGAAGACGCCCGACAAGCCGCCUUGAAAGAUAUUAAAAAUAUGCUUCAACGGCCAGGUCAACUAGAAAAGGUUGAUCAAUUUCGGCAUCGAGUAGCUCGAAAAAAAGCUUCAGUUGAGGCACUCUUGAAGACAGGGAUGCAAAAUCAAUUAGAUGGUGUACGAGUUGGCUUGAAGCAAUUAGAAACGUGUUUGCAGGACGUAAGAGAAGUUCGCCAGAGAAUGCGGGAAGUAGAUCGAUUAUUAGAGGGAGUACCAGAUAUCUAUGACGCACUAGAAGUUGUACGUGAAGAAAAUACAAAGCAUUCACAAUAUGCCACUGCUAUGGAAAAUCUCAAACACAUUUUUAAUGUGGAAGCCAGUGUUACCAAGACGAUGACUCUUAUUGAUGAAGAUAAACUAUUGAAUGCACACCAGUGUCUGGCUGAUUUAGAGAAUUCUCGAGAUGAUUUAUUAUAUGAGUUGCAUAAACAGCCGAAGCAACAUGCCUCUGAUAAAAUUACAUUGAAACGGCAUUUUGAGACAGUAGAUACCGUAUCUCAAGCACUGGAAAAGAAACUACGACUCAUACUUAGUCGCACUCUAAAUACCGUUCGAAAGGAACCUACUGUAAUAGUGACAGCAUUGCGAAUUAUUGAACGGGAAGAAAAGAAUGACCAAUUUGCUUUGCAACAACAAAAAGUUACGGGUUUCCUACCACCAGGUCGUCCCAAGAAGUGGCGUGCCAUGGCCUUGAAUAUGUUGCAAGAAGCAGUGGUGACGCGUAUUGAAGGCUCAAAGUUAGAAGAACGUGCUGAUAAUAAAAUGUGGUUAGUGCGGGAUCUUGAAAUUUUACGUCAGAUAAUUUUGGAAGAUUUAAGAGUUGUGAAAUCAUUAUGUGUACCAUGUUUUCCACCUCAUUAUAACAUAUUCAAUGAAUAUGUAAAAAUGUAUCACGAGGGUCUCUCCUCAUAUCUCGAUAAUAUUGCAAAAUCUGGUCUUGAGGGUAAUGAAUACGUUUCGAUGCUUUCGUGGGUUAUGAACACAUAUCCUGGAGUCGAAUUGAUGUCACAUCCGGAUCUAAGAGUGGAUAUACAACAAGUAGUUGGGCCAUUAUUACGGCCGGAACAUCUGAAAUCAUUGGAAGACGAGUAUUUGCGAAAUAUGCAACGAAACUACCAAGAAUGGAUGACUAAAACGGCGGAAACAGAAAAGCAAGAAUGGUUUUCUGAUCAACCACCAGAACAAGAGCAAUACUACCACACCUCUGCACCAGUUAUCAUAUUUCAGAUGAUUGAUCAACAUUUGCAAGUCACCAAUACAAUACACUCUGAAUUGACAUUUAAGGCUCUAGUAAUGAGCAUACAGCAAGUAGAAGUUUUCGGGCAGUCUUAUUUGAAAAAUGUUAUUGAACUGAAGGAACAUCACUUUCGUAAUCGUGAUCAAAUCAAAUAUUUUACUCACUACAUAAUCACGAUUGUUAACAAUAGUCAGCAAAUGGUUGAAUUGGCUCAACAAAUGAAACAAUUGUAUUGGCCGAAAUCUCGCACUGAACAUUAUGAAGAUUUUGAAAAACUACUAAAUACAUUCCAACGCAUAAGAGCGCAUGCUACUAGUUACUUAUUGGAGGAAGCUUUCCUUGAUAUGGAAUGUCAUUUUAAUGAUUUAUUUACAUUGAAGUGGUUGGGUUCUACUAUCUCCGUUGACACUAUAUGUGUAACAUUAUUGGAUUAUUUUCAGGACUAUAAGCACUUGCGUCCCAACAAUUUUGAAAUGGUUAUCAAUGAAGCGCAAAAGCUACUAGCUAAACGAUACAUACGAGCCUUGCUCUCCAAACGCAUAUCGAAAUCAAGGAGCGAAUGCGAAGCAAUUACUACGAAAAUUAAUCAGGAAGCGAAACGUUUUAAGCAGUGCUUCGAAAAAAUCGCACCCAACUUGGCAAUGAGUGAUUCUCCAUUAGAUUUGAUAUCAACACUCUCAGCACUACUAUCCAGUGAUAUUGAAUUGCUGGUGCUAGACCUUCACACGCUGCUGGGUAAUUAUCCAUCUUUAAGUGAAGAUCACAUUGUACGAUUAUUCUAUUUGCGUAAUGACGUGAAAGCCAGCGAAGUUCGCGAGAAGGUACAAGACGCAGCAAAAUCUAAAAAAGCAAUGGUUAGUAUUGCCAAGCAGGAUUGCAUAUUUAAGGAGAUUGUUUUUAAUGAUAAAUUGUGGUAAAUAAAACAAUAUUAUUGAAUACA